AUGUCUUUGCUGAGUCUUCCCCCUCGGGUCCAGAAGGCAGCUGCCGAGAUGUCUGAUAACGAAAGCCCUGGCACUGCCCGUGCUGAACUCCCUCGUCAAUUCUCAUUUCUGUCGACAUUGGCCUUGGGAUACAGCAUCACCAAUUCAUGGGCUGGUUACGCUGGUAUCCUAUCGAUACCUUUGGUGAUGGGAGGGGGCCCGACGGCUUUCUUUGGCCUUUUUCUUGCUUCGAUAGCGUGUUGUUUUAUCACUGCGGGUCUUGCAGAGUUGGCAUCUGCAUUUCCCACUAGCGGAGGGCCAUAUCAUUUUGCUUUCAUCGUUUCAGCGCCCAAGCACCGUGCCGCAGUUUCUUUCGUUGUUGGCUGGUUGACUAUGAUCUCCUGGUGCACAGUGUCUACAUCCAACGGAAUAGUCUGUGCGCAAAUGAUUAAUGGGCUGGUGACUGUCCACCGUCCGAGCGUCACGGUAACUGCCUGGCGAAUCUAUCUUAUCUAUCUUCCGAUCGUUCUCCUCUCGACUGUGGUCGUAUGCUACCUGCCUCGUGUUAUUCCACUUAUAGAGGAUUGUAUCAUCAUCUUCAGCUUGCUCACCUUCGGCACCAGUUUGAUAACGGUGUUAGCAAUGCAAGAUCAAAAACAGUCUGCGCACACUUUGUUCUUGGCCUAUGAAAACCAUACAGGCUGGAGUGACGGGACAGCCUUCAUGAUAGGCGCUGGGACAUGCAUGUACGCAUACAUAACGGUCGAUAGUGUUACCCAUAUAGCAGAUGAAGUCCCAAACCCUGGUCGCAAUAUCCCCCGCGCAAUGAUGGCUACCGUGCUGACUGGCAUGGUAACCUGUAUUCCAUACGCGAUAGCCAUUCUUUUCUGCACAACCGAUCUUAAGGCUGUUGCAUCUUCCCCAAUCCCCAUUUAUACGGCAUACUUACAAGCAACAUCCAGCCCAGUCGUGGCCACGCUUUUCACUGCAUGGGUUAUAUUCUUCUAUUGCGCAGCCGAGUUGUCCUGUCUACUCACUGCGGGACGACUUGCAUACACGUUCGCUCGAGCUGGUGGUCUUCCUUAUUCGUCAUUCUUCGUUAAGAUCACAAACGAGAUGCCGCUGAACGCCACAUUGGGUUGUUGUGUGUUCAUCUGUCUGUACGGGCUGAUAUACAUUGGCUCAGCAACAGCCUUUGACAGUUUCAUAUCGAUAGUCAUAAUUGCCCUCAACAUCUGCUAUGUAGUCCCGCAAGCAAUCGUGCUGCUUCGUGGGCGUGACGCCGUCCUUGGGAGAAGAGCCUUCGCAAUGGGAAAGUAUUUUGGACUCUUCUGUAAUACUGUUGCUGUUGUCUGGGUGGCAGUCAUAUUGGUAUUCUUUUGUUUGCCUCUAAAGAUACCGACCACGGUACACGACAUGAAUUAUGCGAGUGUAGUACUCGCAGGGUUUGUUGCUCUGAUUGGUAUUGGGUGGUGGGGAGGGAAGAGGAAGACGUUCACCGGCCCGCUACAGGACAUUGAAUCCCCUCACAGCGGACAGACCGGGACGGCACGAGUGCAUGCUCUCAGUUUGGCCCUCACCUCCAAUUGCACAACGUAG